AUGUAUAAAGUUGAUUGGAAUUAAGUUCCUGACAUUGGUAAACUUGAUGAUGAGGAGAUGAAACAAUUAAAUAAGAGAAAUAAAUUUCAUAAUCUACCUUAAAAUUAAUGGUUUAAGAAUAGGUAUUUUGAUAAAGUGAAACCAUAAUAUUUGUUUUACCCUGAAGAGAGACGAAUUUAAAUGGAAUUGAAACAAAUAUUUAAUGUAAAGAUUUAAGUGAUAAAUAUAUAGGUUUUUGAUUACAAUGAUUCCAAGACUUUAGAUAUUGCAGAAAUGUUCCUUAUGUUUAAACAUUUUGGUUUUGAUGUCAGUAAGAAUGAUCUUAAAGUUAUUUAUUCUUACAUAGAUUAAGAUAGAGAUUGGGCAUUAAAUUACUAAGAAUUUAAAGCAUUUACUGAAAAUCCUUCAGCUUUAAAAGCAUUUAGAAAUAUGAUGACUAAAAUGUAAAAUACACUUUAAUUAAAUGCAAUUGAAAAUAAGUAUAUUCCAUUAAGUGUUGGAGCAAUGUUAACUCAUUUAUCUUAUAUGAUAAGAAGAGAAUAAUAUAUUAAUAUUUUAUGUGAUAAAAACAUAGUGGAUGCAGAAAAGAAAUAUGAAGCUUUUCGUAAUUUAAUAAUAACAAAAGAAAAGAAAACUGUAGUUGAUGAUGCAUAUGACUUAUACAUCAAGGCUUAAUAUAAAUUAAUGAAUGCCAAAUUAAAAUCUAAUUCUUCUUUAAAUCAAUUAGAUGUAAAAUUAUCAUAACCAAGAUAUAAUAUGUCUUUAAGUACAGUGCCUGGUUUAUAACCUCAAUUAUUUAGAAAUAUGUCAAUGAGAGAUGUAGAGAAUAUUAGACAAUUAACAAAAGUAGUUAGAUUGUAAACUUAAUUAGAAAUUAAAUCAUAUAAUAGUAUUAAGUAAAUUUUAGAUGAAAGUGAUAUAUCUGAAGAUGAAUUCUCAUAAAAAGAAAGUGAUUUAUAAAAAUUAUUAGUUAAAGCUUAAAAUAAUGGUAAAUAAUAAGCUUAAGCUAUAAUAACAUAGAGAAGUAGUAAAGAUUAUCACAAUAAAUCAUAAAUAAGUCUAUUAAGUUUAGAAUAAGUAGAUGAAGAAAUACCAAGAAUGAGAUUUUAAUUGAAAUAAUAAAAAUCAGUACCAACUAAAUAAUUCUUAAGAAGAUAAAUUAGAUUUAAUAAAUAUGAGUAAUCUUUUGAUACAACAUCAUUGAAAUAUCAUUAACUUGAUAGAUCUCCUCAUUAAACUACUUUAGCAUCCAAUGAUUUACCUUCUAAUGAUAGUGCUCUUUUUUCUAAUCGACCUUUAAAGCUACCAUAACUUUUGUGA